AAUGCGAACGCAAUAAGGGCAAUAAGGCCAAUAAGGCGCACGACGGCGAGGCAGAACACUAGGCACAAGCGAGAGAGAAGCCGCCCGCAUUCGCAACCUCACACAAUCUCCCUACUGCCACGACGUUAUUCAGGGGAUAGCACCGCCCCGUAGAACGCAGGGGAUAUCUCCUACAACCGUCAACGAAGCGUCCCAUUGUGGGGACAACCCCUCCCAAGCCGCUAGCCUCGCCCGUGCUGUACGGACGGCACGCCCCCUCUCGGACCUUCGGGCAUAGCGCAGCAAACGGAAAAAGUUUUCGAUAUCUGCGGGCCCAUCGACCCUUGGAAUGUCCUCGCUGCAGAUGAACACCUCACACGGCGGCAUGGACCCUUCCUCGCAUAACGGGCAGUACGGCGGCGGCGGCGGCGGGCCUGCAGAACACCAGCCACGCGGCAUGGCCGGCGAUUCGGCAGGAAGCCACGUUCAGCACGUCCAUCAUGUUCAGCAGCCGCAGCACCAUAACUCAAUGCAUCCCCCACACCCUCACUACCCUCAAUAUCAACAGCACCCCCAGCAUACUCAAACCCACCAGCAUCCCCAAACCCACCAGCACCCGCAAACCCACCCACACCCUCAAACACACCAGUUCCACCAAUCCCAGCCUCAACCUCACACCCAGCAUUACCCUCAGCCACAAAACCCUCACCCACAAAACACUAAACUCCAACACGUGAACCACAACCACCCACAACCGACCAUCGCUAUGCACCCACUUCCUGCCGUACCACCACCGCCACCACCCAAAACAACCACAAAGGGCACUGCACCCGAUCUACUGAAUCCCAAUGUGGCUUCCGAGAAGAACGCUGACGGUUUAUUCGAGUGUACUUAUGCAAACUGCAAAAAGGCUUUUGCGAGGAGGUUCAACUUGUCCACUCACUACGCAACGCACUUUGGAAUAAGGGAAUGGGAGUGUGAAGUUUGUGAGAGGAAGCGUGUCCGAACGAAGGGAGGAUAUGGCGAGCCUGCUGGCGAAGUGAGAUUCACCAGGCGGUAUGAUUUGACUCGGCACCAGGGAAUUCGUCACUCUGGCGGAUCAACGGGACCCAGUUGCAAGAGCAAGCCAUCGAAAGGCAAACGUAAAGCAUCCUCUGCCGGCAGUGUGGAAUCGGAGACCAGCCCGCACCCAGCAGGGACCUCCGCUCCAGCUUCCAAACCCGCUGAUGCAAUCAGCACAAUAACACCGUCGAACACACCGGGCGCCACUCCGACAGGCUCGGCAUCGGGAACACCCGUGUACGAUUCGCAAAGUGACCCAAACCAUCCUCCUCGUGUGGCUGCGCGACUAUUGGUAGGGGUGCCGUCGCCGGCGACGACCCCAACCAGUCCAGCCUCUUCUUACGGGGACAUUCGCACGAAGAACGAGAUGCAGCAGAUUGUGAGAGGUCCCGUAGGGCUCCGCAUGGACGUAACAUCUGCAUUUGUCGACUCGAACGAGGCGAGGAGACCGAAUAACCAAGUUCAGCCAACACAUUAUACAACUGACUCACCACAACGAGCGUCCAUCAAUUCCAUGCUCGGCGCAAGCAUGCCAAACAUACCCCAACAGCAGACUAAGUGGAUCAUGCCCGCAGCCGGCAAUACCUAUCCUGCCGCUGCCGUUCAUCCUCAGCCCCAGUUCAAUGCUGUCGCUGCUGAAAACCUUCCACCGUCCCACCAUCGUUCUUCUCCCGCAUACCCAGGGGCAGGCUGUCCGACCGCAUCCAACUACCCAUCCCAUCCAUCCAUAUCGGCGAUAACAGACCACCAGCGACCAUGGAUGAACUGACACCUUCCUCUACAAAGCGGCGACGACGAUUUCCCGCCCAGGAAGCCACUCCGCCGCCAUCCGCUUCCUCCUCGUCACUGGCUUCCGCGCGACCACCCAUAUCCAUGUCGGCCUCGUCGAGCAUCAACUCAUUGAUCGACUGGCCGGUGCUUACCCCGACGUCCGCGCUGAGCCAUGCCCCGUUCCCAUACAGCAAUGUCAACGGCGCGCUGCAGCACCUUACGCGAACCGUGCACCACCCCGUGGCGCGGCCAGAGUACGAUAUGACGACAGCCAUGCAAGAGCGAUACAAUAAAGCGGUGAACCAUCCCGCGGGCCCCACUCAAGCGUACAACGAAGCGGU